AUGCAUAAAAGAUCUCACACAUGUGAGAAUCUGUAUUCCUGUCCUGAAUGCGGGAAAUGUUUUGUAGAAAUGUCAGAUACUUGUCAUACAUCAGUAGAUCUCACACGGGGGAGAAGCCAUAUUCCUGUCCUGAGUGUUGGAAAUACUUUUUCAGUGAAGUCUAAUCUUUAUAAACAUCAGAGAUUGCCACUGGGGAGAAGCCAUUUUCCUGUCCUGAGUGUGUGA